AUUCAGUCUGGUGUACAUACAUGUGGCGAGCAGAUAUUUAACCGUCUCCCCCUUUGAAGUUUUGACUGGAAUAAAGAAUUUUGCAGAGCCCCAUUGAAGAGGAUAAAGGAGGGUUAUUUGAAGUAUGAAGACUCUUAUAGCGUUUUGCUUUUUUACUUUAUCUUCCUUAUCGAUUGGAGAAAUUAUCUAUGAGGUAGAUGAUGACUUGGGAAUAGGGAAAACAUUAGGUAAUCCGGCAAAGGAAUCUGGAUUAGAAAAUUUAUCAAAAUUGACUUUUGUAAUUGCCGAUUCAUUACUGGAAAAAUAUCUUGAGAUCACCGAUAACGGCGACCUAAAAACAAUAUCGAUAUUAGAUAGAGAUGCAAUUCCUGGAUGCGAGGGUCAUUUAAUUUGCAAGAGAACGAUGGAAAUUUUAGUUGGACCGUCUCAGUAUUUCAAAAUUUUAGUAGUUUCAAUUAAGAUAAAGGAUAGGAACGAUAACAAUCCGGAAUUCCCACAAGAUUCACACGAAUGGCGUCUAGUCGAAAAUAGUCCCAUCAAUACAAGGCAUCUAUUGCCAUCGGCUGUUGAUAAGGACGCUGGAGAUUAUGGAAGAUUAAGGUACGAAUUGACUGAUAAAUCCAACGAAUUCAGAUUAGAGAUAAGCGGCAACGAUUUAGAAUUAGUGCUGAUCACUUUAUUAGAUAGAGAAGAGAAAGAUGAAUAUAGAAUGACUAUUAAAGCUACUGACGGAGGAGGGAAAACAGCUCUAUUAAGAAUUUUAGUAAUUAUUCUAGACUCGAAUGAUCAUAAGCCACAAUUUACGAAACAAACCUACAUCAAAACCAUCUCGGAAGAUUUCGAUCCAGAUAGUUCAGUUCUUCGAGUAGUAGCCACGGAUAAAGAUCAAGGAGAAAAUGGGCGAAUCGGUUACAGAUUCUCAAAGCAAACCGAUGAAAAUAUAUUACAAACUUUUCGAUUAGACGAGUCAACCGGAGUUAUAUGGACAAAAAAGAAAUUGGAUUAUGAAUCUAUAAGCAACUAUAAAUUCAGCAUUGAAGCGAAAGACUAUGGAGAUAGUUCCAUUGCGGCGUAUGCUAAAGUUCAAAUAGAGGUCACCGAUGAAAAUGAUCAUUCUCCAGAAAUAUUAGUCAACUCGUUAAGUAAGAAAGAUGUGUUGGAAGUGUCGGAAAAUUCGACGACAGAUACAUUCGUCGCUUACAUAACCGUUACGGAUAAAGAUUCCGGGGAAAAUGCGAAAAUUAAUUGCGUUCUUAAUUCAAAUAACUUAUUUAAACUAGUUCAUUUGCAUAGUACUGAAAAGAAAAGCGAAUACGAGUUAUCGACAAAUGCUGUUUCCGGUUUUGACAGGGAAGAUAAAGAUGAAGUUAGCGUUAGAAUUAUUUGUCAAGAUUCAGGCAGACCACCACAGUCGUUGUCUAAAACAAUUACAGUGAAACUUCGAGAUGUGAAUGAUAAUCAUCCAAACUUUUAUCAAAAAUACUAUUCAAAACGUAUUGAGGAGGAUAAUAGUAUUGGAAUUUUUAUAUUGACUGUUAAAGCGUCGGAUAGAGAUGUCGGCGUCAAUGCUGAAAUUUCCUACUCAAUACCGGAUAUCAGCGCAAAGAGGUAUGUGACAAUAGACAAUAAAACAGGAGACAUUUUCGCGGCUGCGAAAUUUGACAGAGAAAGGGAAGAAACUUUCAGCUUCCGGGUCAUGGCCAGCGACAAGGGAAAACCGUCCUUAUCUAAUUACGCUUUGGUCAAUUUGCACUUAAAAGACGUAAAUGAUAAUCCUCCAGUUUUCACUGAAGAAGAGUAUACAUUUUCAAUUUAUGAGAAUGCAAAAACUCCUACAUUAGUUGGCAAAGUAAAGGCAGUAGAUGCAGACGCCCCACCUUUUGAUACAGUCGAUUAUGUAAUAGACGCCGACACCACUGCCAGCUUCCGGAUCGAUAGAACGGGUCGAAUAUACUCUGAACGAUCGUUCGACAGAGAGCUACUGACCAGUCACGUGAUAAAAGUACGAGCAUUUAACGCCGAUAAACCGGAAAUGCGUGGCAUUGCUCAAGUACGAAUUGACGUGCGGGACGCCAACGAUAAUCACCCGAUUAUCGAUUAUCCGAAUGAUCAAAAUAAUUCGGUCGAUUUGUCAAAUUACUCAAAGAUUGGGAGGGCUGUUACGAGAAUUAAAGCAACGGACAAAGACGAUGGAAAUAAUGCUCAAUUACAAUAUGCAAUUCUUAAUCAGAACGUUCCCGACGCCUUUUUCAUAGAGCCAGAAACAGGCAAAUAAUUGAACGCAAUAGAAACGUCCAUUAAGGCAAGAUAGAACAAAAUGUGGAAUAGAUAAAAACUGAUAACGGAUAGUAUUUAUUUAAUUAUUUCAAAAUAGAGAAACAACAAACAAACAAAAGUUGGCUCGAAGCCAGUAAAUUGUACACACUUAAUGAAGAAUUUCUUAAAAACGUUCUUUACUCUUUUUCUUUCUUUCUCUCUACCUAACCCUCUUUCCCUUCUGUCUCUUAGUCUCACUGUCUGCUGUCUGUCUAUCUAUUUCCAAUUCUCUCUCUCUCUCUGUCACUUUCUCACUCUGACCUUCUUUGCUCCUUCUUUGCAAUCUUCUUCUUUUUAUCUCAACAAAAGUUGAUUUGGAACAAUAGACUGGAAAUAAAUUUUGCACAAUUCGAACUAUUGUUAAAAGCUGUUUCUGCUAGGCCUAGACUGUCUUUUGUUCAUACUUGACGCUGGCUGUAUUUAAAACUUAAAGACUAUUGCUCAUAGAAUUUUUGUUGAAGGCUACUUUUAGUAUCCCUAAAUGGAAGUUGAAUAGGCGAUUUUAAUGCAGUUACAUCAGAAUUUUUUUUUCAGGUGUCUUAAUUGUUAACAAAGACUUAAAAGGAUUAGUCGGUGAAGAGAUAGGAAUCAAAAUUCGGGUGUCCGACAGUGGAAUUCCAACCCCUUUGUUCACUGAUGUGAACAUAACCGUACGAUUAUUUGAAGGUCUUCCAUCUGAACAGAUUUUACAAGCAGAAAGAAGGAAUCUACUUCCGGCUGUUAUUGUAAUUGUUUGCAUCGCGUCGGUUCUUGUCGUGGCUCUUAUCUUUGUAAUUAUCCUAAUAAGACGGAAGAAGAUGGGCAUGAAAAGAGAGGGAGAUUACAAAUGUACAAUUAGGCCUACAGAUUGCAAUACUCACUCGCCAACGGAAGAUAUCGUUGAAUACAAGUAUCCGCCGUCUUUCUCCAAUUCUCCUAAAAGGACAACCUUCGACCUGAAUCCAACUGUCCUGCAUCAGAACAAUAACAACGACAACCUAUCGAAUCCAGACAGCGGCAGGGGUUCAAGCGAAGUAGAAGAAACUGAAAGAGAUAGGUGGCGAAGAGAGAGAAGAAGAACGCCACCUACCGGCUACGAACCAAAAAUUAGAGGAUCGUGGCCCGAUGACGAUGUCUCAACAACUUCUGGUAGCUAUACAAUUAAUGGCGGAACAUUAGACAGAUACUCAACAGGACCAUCGACAUUUGUCUAAUUAACUAACUAUUUAAUAUCAAAAACACUUCUUUCAUUAUCGGAAACGUCCUUUUCUUGUUAUCAUUAUUAUUAAUAAUGCUAUUAUCAUUAUUUUGAGAUUAUUUUACGACUUUUUGCAGCAUUUUAGGACUGUAGAUUGUUAAAUUUCUUGUAUAUAAUGAAUUAUGAAAAAUGCAACUUUUU